AUGCCUUACCUCAGAUCUGUAGCUAAUUCACAUGGUAGAUGGGGAAUUUCGCACACAAGAGUUCCUACAGAGUCUCGUCCAGGCCAUGUUGCUAUUAUUGCUGGUUUUUAUGAAGACCCAUCUGCUGUGGCAAAAGGAUGGAAAGAAAAUCCUGUUGACUUUGAUUCCGUUUUUAACAGAACAGCUUAUACCUGGUGUUGGGGCACUUAUGAUAUAGUUGAUAUUUUUACAAAGGGAACUGUUACUAAUCACAUUUUUGUUAAUAAAUUUGAUCCAUAUGAACAGACUUUUAGUGCUGAUAAAAAUACAACACUUUUAGAUGAGUGGGUUUUUCAGAAUGUCAAGCAGUUCUUUGAGGAUGCCAAAAAUAAUGUUGAUAUAAAAAAAAAGUUACAGAGCAAUAAAAUAGUACUGUUUUUACAUUUACUGGGAACAGAUACUUCUGGUCAUACACAUAAGCCUAAAACAUUAAAUUUUCUCACAACAAUUAGAUAUGUUGAUGAAAAUAUUAGAGAUAUUGAGAAUGUGAUUAGAGAUUAUUAUGAUGAUGACGGUAAAACAACAUUUCUAAUGACUUCUGACCAUGGAAUGACAGAUUGGGGAUCUCAUGGUACUGGGGAUAAUCAUGAGACGCAAACCCCUUAUGUUUUGUGGGGAGCUGGUGUUCAGCAAGUAAAUGGAAUAAAUUUAGACCCUGAAACAAAAAUUCCAGUAAAUUCAAUUGGUAAACUUCCUCUUGAUCUAUUGAAUAUAACAUUGCAAGAUAAAGCUAUGGCUUUGUAUAGCAACAGCAGGCAGCUAUUGUAUCAGUACAAUAAAAUGAAAAUUGAUAUUGAAGAAAAUUCAGUAAGAGCUUUAUAUAAACCAUAUGAGCCACUGGACACUAAGAAGUUAAAAGAAAUCACUAUGCUCUCUGAACAGCUGUUAAAUGAAAAGAAAUUUGAAGAAUUGAUUUUGUUAAUAGCAGUUUAUCUUGUCUAUGCACAGAAGUUGCCAAGAUCAUAUUAUAUAUAUUUUUCAAUGCCAAUUUUACUAUGGACAAAGGUCUUACUCUCUAAUAGCAUAUGGUACAAUGGUUUGAGAAAACUGCAACACAAUAGAAGUUUGUUGGAGUUGAUGAUGGAGAUAACAUGUUAUGUUAUGGGAAGCUUUGCAAUGGUGGGUGUUAAGCUUUCCUUUACUUGGUAUGGGAGUUUGGCCCUGGUUUUCAUCUUCUACAUAUCACUUGCC